UUGUUUAUAUCACAGAUAAAACUGAUCUUUUCGCAAACUUAGUCUACUGAACGUGUCAUUCAUUAUGCGCCACAACAUUUUUAUCACGUUUUGAUAGGCGUAUCUAUAUUCAAGACUUUUAUACUGCUUGGAUGUUUGUUGAAAUCUAUCAGGAUGUUUAUUUAAAGGAUUAGGUAAGGUUGUUUAGGUUAAGGAAAAUGUCGAGUACUAAUCGUUCCGCCUUAUCCACAGCGAACAGUUGCUCCACUCACUCUUAUUUAUUCGGUUUUCAUAUAACCGACCUUACCCUAUUUGAGUCUGUAUCGCAGACAUUACGGGAUGAUCGUUUAAGUUUGAUAUGGAAAAUCGCACAGCGUUCUAGUGACAUCGAUGCAUAUAACUUGUCUACAAACGAUGGAUGUGACCCAGGAUGUCGUUGUGAAUCCAGUUACAGUACAUUAUCCAACGGAUCUGCAACAUCGGUUGAUCCUAUAUUUUGUCUUUUACGUUGUUGUAAUGACGGUCAAGAUAAGGUUGCUGUAAAGGGGGGUGCUUUAAGCAUUUCUAUCGUUUCCCCUGCAGAAUCUACAAAGUGCCUUUGCACGUUAAAGCUAAAUUUGCGUGGCAUUAAUGUUUCGGCCAAUUUGAAUUUUAUUCGCACGAACUUGUUUGAUCGUUGCGGUGCUGUUGUAGGCCAGAUUACUCUGCGUUAUGUCUCUCAGCAGCGUUGGGUUAAGAUUAACAAGAGAAAGCUAUCCUUUUUAAAUGGUGACCGUGAUUCUUCGGUUAAUUCUAUGGUUGAAACAUCCCUUAAUUAUGCCACUUCGGCGCUGAAUGACAAGAAUGUAUCAACCCCUUUGGGUAACAGCAGAUCAUGUUCUAUUGAAACUUCACAUGUUGAUGAUUUUGUUAUGUUAUUUUGGAAUUCUACUAAGAUAUGCUUUGUAAAACAGCAUCCAGAUGAUUAUCAAUUGCAGUUGAUGUUAAAGUUUAUGCAAUCAUCGUCAUGCCGUGGUACUACAACGGAGUCAUGGAUACAGGCAAGUAGUAAUAUGGUCUUUGACGAUGUUUCUCGCUUAAGUCGUAUGAAUACUGUUUCCAACUUUAAUGGCAGUUCACAUUCUUCGGAAGUGCUCGACAACCACGUUACAUUGGGUUUCCCUGAUAUACCUCAUGCGAUGGCGGAGAAUAGUGGCAUAACUCCGGUUUCUGAGCUUACUAGUGAUUUGGGAGUAUAUAAUGACGACUUUAGCACCCGUUCAGGCUUAUCAUUAAUGACAGAUCCGGGCUCGGUACGUUUGUAUGACUAUUUGUCUGAGCAAAAUCGCAUUAUCCAGACGACACUAACUCGUCAAUUGACAGUGGAUAGCAUGACAACUUCAUCAUGGACUGACUUCACUGGUGAUAUAUCGGCAAGAGCGUCAUUAUUAAACAAUGAAGUGUCUGUUAGCCGCGGGUUGAACAUUUCUAUUCCUCAAUCAGGACCUAUUCAAAGUUCUACAAUGCAGUUACCGCUACCAAUUGAUAAAACAGAUGUCUCCAAUGAUAUCAGUUCAUCGGUUCCGUUGAACAAAACAAAUGACCACCCAGCUAUCUUGCCAUCCAAGGAAAUUGAUACCCAGAUGGUUAAAUUCAAUCGCCUUGUUAUGCGUAAUGUGGAGACAUCGGAUAAUGGCACUCAUGAAAUUUUCAAAAAGCUACCCAAUAGCACUGGAGUGUUGAAGCUGAGCGAAUCAGAUCGUCAUUUGUCACUAUCGGGGGAAACAUGCUUUCAACCAUCGAAGCCAACGAACUAUAUUGACAUUGGUUCAAGCAAAGGGGUAAACGUUCUAAAGCACGGUGAACCCUACUUAUUGAGCACCUCACUAUCAACUAUAGAUCCAGGUCCGUUUGAGGCGGGAGACGUUGUACAAUCCCACAAUUCCUUUGACUGGUACAAUGAGGUUGAUCUUUUGCCAUGUGAAAACUUCCAGGUAAACGGAUCGUUGAUCGACAAGUGUGGCACCCGGGUGUCGUUACGUGAUACAGAAUCUCACUUAGACAUAAUUGAGGAUGCUCACUGUAGCGUGACCGUCGAGAGUGAUACCCCUGCUGCAAUAGCGGAUGAUUUGAUAGACCUUGAUCGUUUUUACGUUGAUGAAUACGAUUUUAGUGGCGCGGGUGGAAGCAACACGUUAAAUGCCUUCUAUUCAAAAGAGGACAAUUCAGCUACCAAGGUACCUGGAGUAUCGACACUUAAAGAUGGUGUUACUUGUAAUAAGGACAACCUAGUGUCGGCUGUUUAUAAUGCAAUUACUGCUGAUAUCAGCAACAUGUCACUAUCAGACCUCGGUGUGGAACAUGUAGAGUGCAAUUUGGAUCUCAUCAGUGAUGCACUCCAAGACGCCCGUGCUUUGCAGUUCCAGCAGGGUAAGCUAUCCACUGAUCUUUUGAUGAACUUUUACUUCCAAUUACUACGUUGUCAUAGCAUGCGUGGCGUUCCUCAAGUCAUGUUGAUGGAAGAAGUGAUUCAACGUCAUUUUGCAGCUGCUGAGCUGCUUAACUUUUUACCCACCGACUACAACUCUACGGUCAUUCGCAUAUCGAUGGACAUUUUAGUACAGCAAUUGGGCAUGUCUAUUCCUGGCGAAACUCAAUCAACUGAGGAUCCUCAACAAGGAAAUGGUGACGUCCCAUCUCAGAUACCUUCUGGUUUCUGGAAGUCUGCUAUAGAUGACGCUAAUGGCAGGCGCAAGACGGACUUUGUUGCGCCUUUAUCAGAGUGCGACACAUAUUCGGAGGCGAGUGACGCAGCGCCUCUUUUGUCUUACGACGGUGUUAUUACACAGAGUCAGUUAGCAUCGCGUCAUUUGGAAUCACUGCAACAUGAGAUGCAUGAGCAGUUCCAAUCUGUUGAUUUGCACAAGAUCAUGUACCUUUCUAGGUUAGAUGCAAAAGCUUCUAAGAAGCGUACUUGUGUAAUGACAUUGCUAGCUGUUAGGCUGGCAUUGUAUCGUGUUUUCUGUGGUCGCCGCAAACUACACGCUGAGGUACGCCAAAUAAUGGUGGUAUAAAG